CCCCCCUUCAGUUUUCUUUUAUGAGUUUCUUUUUUUCUUCCUAAAUUUCGAAUUAUUGUUGAAAAGAUCUGAACUUUGAUGGUUGUAUGUAAUUAUUGUCGGAAGAUAGAUGUUGGUGAGCAAGCAAUUUUGGAUGGCUGAUGAUAUUCUGAUCUGAUUCGUGUUUCAUAUUGUUAGUGAUGAUCAUUACUUUUAUGGGUUAUGGAUUUUUAGAAGAUUUUGCUGCCAGUUCUGAUCUUGAUAACUUGUAAUCUUUGGGGGUCUAUUUGUGUUUUGGAAUUCCGAGGACCAAGGGUACUACUAGAAGGAGAGUUGACGACAAACAGUUGCAUGCAUUUAUUUGACUUACUGGCCUCUGUAGCUGGAAAUUUUUCGUUCGAGAGGGAUCCCAACAACAUCCUUUGAGAUACCAACUGUAAAAGGUGAAGGUCAAGAUUAUAGUUUGAAGGAACAAUUUUCUUCGCAUGAAGAAUCUCCUUUAGGAUUUGCUCCCGAUGUGAUGGCUGAAAAUUUGAAACAACAGAAAACCAUUGAAAUGGAAUGUCCUGUUAACGAAGUUGCCUUUUCUAGUCACUUGAAAUCACUUGGCCGCAAUUUAGAUGGUGGAUGUGAGAUUAUGGUUAAAGAUAAGUCUGAGAAGGUGAUGAGUGGUGUUAAUAUGGCAAUGUGUAGGUCUCCAGAUCCAGUAGUAUGUGACCGGAAUCCACACAUGUGGAUUUGUUCAGAAAAUGGUUUCAAAGUGCCCCCAUGCAAGGACCAUGGUCCUCAGCAUCCUUGUCCCACAAGCCAAGAGGUAGUUGUAAUAGAUGAUGACAACAACUUUGGGUGCAUUUACCCAACUACCUCAAGAAAUUCCUUCAGGACAGCUCCUUGUAUUAAAGGUCAUAGAAUAAGAAAAAUAUUGGCUUCAAAGAACUGGAAGGUUGCUGCAAAAUAUGGAGUCAAGAAAAAUAAAUCGGGUGGGUACAAAAGGAAAUUUAAUUUCAAUAAGAGAAACUCCUUCAAGAACCAAAGAUCUCAAAUGAAUAUCCCUUUCAAAAAGAGGAAACUCUUUGAUGGUUGCUUUUCUGAUUGCAACGAUAGAAGAAUUGUUGACAGAAUUUCUGAUUCAAAUGCAAGUGCAAGGGAAACGUCUGCCCAUGGGAAAUCAUCUUUGGUUGCAGGACAGCAGGGGGAUUCUCGUGUGAAGCUGAGGAUAAAAUCUUUCAGGGUACCUGAACUUUUCAUUGAGAUUCCUGAAAGUGCAACUGUCAGUUCACUGAAGAGGACGGUAAUGGAGGCGAUGGGCACUAUUAUUGGUCGUGGUAUACAUAUUGGUGUAAUCUUCCGGGGGAAGAAGGUCAGAGAUGAUAAUAAAACCUUAAUUCAGACUGGAAUUUCUUGUGAUAACCAGGAUGGGUGCCUGGGAUUUACACUAGAGCCUCAUUCUUCGCAAACUCAUUCGUCUUUCUGCCAUAAAGAGCCUCCCUCUAUGCUUCCUUGUAUUAGUACACUCGAGCCUAUAAACGGAUGCAAUCCCAAUCCAACUAUGGAUUACUUAGGCAAUAACAGUACAUUGUUGCUUGAGACUCAUGCAUCCAAGGUGAAUAACUCGUCAGAGAGUGCUCGUGAGCCAGUGCCCUUUCCUGUCGAUACUGCAGUCGUGGAAAGAUCAUCAGACUCUAAAUUAUUAGUGACUGUACCAGGCAUGGAUGUGGGCGCAACGAAUGUAGUUCAGAUUUGUCGAAAGUCUAAUCAAUUUGAGGUUGGCCAUCGCAGAAUGCGUAGACCCUUUUCUGUUGAUGAAGUGGAAGCCCUUGUUCAUGCGGUUGAAACACUUGGUCCUGGAAGGUGGCGUGAUGUUAAACUUCGAGCAUUUGACAAUGUUAAGCAUCGUACUUACGUUGAUUUAAAGGACAAGUGGAAGACAUUAGUACACACAGCAAAAAUAUCCCCUCACCAAAGGAGAGGAGAACAAGUUCCGCAACAACUUCUGGACAGAGUCCUCAAAGCCCAUGCUUAUUGGUCUCUCUCAUCAACCCCAGAAAACUUGCCUUCUUCCCCUCCAACUAAAUCCAUCUAAAUCUUCCUUUCUUUGUGUAUCCCAAAACAAUUCUGUACAAAACAAAAGUGUUCUAUCUCUAGGAAAAGGAAGGUUGUAUAUAUGGUUUAGUUCAUCUUCUCUACUGCAUGCAGAGGCUGGCUCUUCCCGUAAAUUAUGAAUAAAAAUCUGUGUCAAAAGAAAUUCAUCUAUUCUGUUGUUUUCUGAUUUUAAAUUUCCAAUUUGAUUGUGCAUAGGAAGGACGGUGGACAGGUUGGGUGACGUUAAAUGAUAGCAACAGCACUUUGGAUUGAUUGAA